CCAAACCCCGUCUCCCUUAUGUCUUCUUCUUCCUCGAGCACGAUCCGGGGGCCCCCCUCUUUGUCGCAAUAUAAAAUUGCAGAGCCUCGGAGCUCCGCUUUGACAUUUUCCGACAUCAAUGCCCUUUCAUUCCAUGCCUCUCUGACUCUUGCUUUUCUCUCCCUCUCCCCCCUCCCUCCACUCUCUCUCUCUCUCUCUCUCUAGUCUCUACCAACCAUGGAGGCUCUGCGUCCCGCCGCCUGCCCUGUUUCUUCUCCGAACCCGCGGCUCUCGAUCUCGAGGUCGAGGAUGGCGUGUUUCGGGAGGACCCAGCUGGGCUUCGCGUCGGGCAUUCGCGCCAGGCCAGUCGGACGGGACUGCUCCGGCGGCGGAGCUCGGAGCACGGGCGGGAAGGCGUGGAAGCAGCAGCAGCAGGUGAGGUGCACGGCGGAGGGGAUAGAGAGGGGGCUGCUCUUCGGGGACAGGGGCGGCCGCGUCGAGGCGGCGGCCGAGGACGCCAUCGGCGUGGCGGUGGUGCCGGAGAGGUUCAAGGUGGUGGCGUUGAUGGCGUGCGCGAUGUGCCUGUGUAAUGCCGACCGGGUGGUGAUGUCGGUCGCCGUUGUUCCCCUCGCCGCGCAGCACGGCUGGUCCAGCUCUUUCCUGGGCAUCGUUCAGUCAUCUUUCCUAUGGGGAUACAUAUUCUCGUCGGUUGUCGGAGGCAUGCUGGUCGACAAGUACGGCGGGAAGAGAGUGAUGGCAUGGGGCGUGGCCUUGUGGUCGCUGGCCACUCUCCUCACCCCUUGGGCCGCCAACCACUCGACCGCCGCCCUUCUGGCCAUUCGCGCCUUCUUCGGGCUUGCCGAGGGCGUGGCUCUUCCCUCCAUGAGCACCCUCUCAUCGAGGUGGUUCCCGAUCCACGAGCGAGCGAGCGCUGUCGGGCUAUCGAUGGGGGGAUUUCACCUCGGCAACGUCGUCGGCUUGGUUCUCACUCCGCUGAUGAUGUCGUCGGUCGGCAUUUCGGGUCCAUUCCUCCUCUUCUCCUCCCUAGGACUGCUUUGGGUAAUGAGGUGGGCCAAUGGAGUGACCAACCACCCGCGAGAGAGCCGAUUUGUCGGUGCAUCCGAGCUGCGGCUAAUCGAAGAUGGGAAAUCGAAUGCGGCGGUCGGGAACAGAGAAUUCCCGUCGCUUCGCGCUCUAUUGUCGAAGCCACCGGCAUUGGCGAUCAUACUGGCCAACAUCACCAACAACUGGGGAUAUUUCGUACUGCUCUCGUGGAUGCCCGUUUACUUCAAAACUGUGUUCAACAUAAAUUUGAAGCACGCGGCUUGGUUCAGCGCUGUUCCGUGGGGAACAAUGGCGGUAUGCGGGUACAUCGCCGGCGCGGCAUCGGAUUAUUUGAUCAAGGCCGGGUACUCUCUAACGCUGGUGCGAAAGGCCAUGCAGUCGAUCGGUUUCAUCGGACCCGGAAUUGCACUGCUCUGUUUAAAUUACGCCGAUUCGCCCGCCGUCGCGGCCUUGUUCAUCACGGUGGCACUAAGCUUCAGUUCAUUCAGUCAGGCUGGCUUUCUCCUAAAUAUUCAAGACAUAGCUCCUCAGUGUGCAGGAUUUCUUCAUGGUAUCGCGAAUUCGGCCGGAACGUUAGCUGCAAUAGUAAGCACGAUCGGCACCGGCUAUUUCGUGCAGUGGCUAGGAUCUUUCCAAGCUUUUCUCACGCUCACUGCUGCUCUCUAUUUCGCCGCCACCGUGUUCUACAACCUCUACGCUACCGGCGACCGAGUUUUCUAGCCGGAGACCUCAUCAAUUCUCAUCGUCGUGUCGGACGAAGCAAGCGGGUCUCAUUCAAAAGCCAUUGUUAUGAUUCAAAUUUUGUGUAUUUAGGUUCUCAGUAGAGUCUGAAAGAGCGGUUUAAUGCUGUAUAUAUAUAUAGCUUAUUCUUUGUUUUUCCUGUUCAUUUGAACUCUCAUCUCUCUCUCUCUCUCUCUCAUGUUCUCUUAAUUGUAACUCAGCAACAAGUGAAAACUAGAAAGGACAUUCCUGCAUCACAUUCAUUGGUGAGAUUUACCUUCACCGG